CUUCGAACAAUCGCGAGAUUUUCACUUCCCUCAGAUUUCUAGGGUUCGCUCAAACAAACAAACAAACCAAGAGAAAGCAAAUUUUGUAACUUACAGAUUUGGGGAUUUGACAGAUCGGAACCCUAAACUAUGCCUCGAAACAGGGACGAAGACGAUGAUGUUGACGAAGAUUACGAAGGAUUGGAUUUAGAGGAAGAAGAGGAGGAAGAAGAAGAAGAGGAGAGAGGAAGAGGCGGCGGCGGCGGUUCUAGACGGAAGAGAGGAAGAUCAAGUUUUAUUGAUGAUUAUGCGGAGGAGGAUUCUCAGGAAGAAGAUGAUGAUGAUGAUGAUGAAGAUUACGGUAGCCGUGGAGGCAAAGGAGGUGGAGCAGCUAGUAAGAGAAAGAAGCCUUCUGCUUCUAUUUUCUUGGACAGAGAAGCUCACCAGGUUGAUGAUGAGGAUGAAGAGGAAGAAGAAGAUGGAGAAGACGACUUUAUAGUGGAUGCUGGAACAGACCUUCCGGAUGAGCGUGGUGAUAGACGGUAUGAACGGAGGUUCCUUUCUCGUGAUGAAAAUGAUGAGGAUGUGGAAGAUCUCGAGAGAAGAAUUCAAGAGCGGUUCUCUAGGCAUCAUGACGAAUAUGAUGAAGAAGCUACAGAUGUAGAACAACAAGCGCUUUUGCCAUCAGUUCGUGAUCCAAAGUUGUGGAUGGUGAAAUGUGCGAUUGGCCGCGAAAGGGAGGUUGCUGUUUGUCUUAUGCAAAAAUUCAUAGAUCGAGGAGCAGAUUUGCAGAUCAGAUCUGUUGUUGCCCUUGACCAUCUUAAAAAUUAUAUAUAUGUUGAAGCAGACAAGGAAGCACAUGUGAAAGAGGCAAUCAAGGGCAUGAGGAAUAUAUAUGCUAAUCAGAAGAUCUUACUUGUCCCCAUAAGAGAAAUGACGGAUGUUCUUUCUGUUGAAAGCAAAGCAAUUGAUCUAUCUCGGGAUACGUGGGUUAGAAUGAAAAUUGGGACGUAUAAAGGUGAUCUUGCAAAGGUAGUUGAUGUUGAUAAUGUGCGUCAGAGGGUCACAGUCAAGUUAAUCCCAAGAAUUGAUCUGCAGGCACUAGCCAGUAAACUGGAUGGAAGAGAAGUUUCAAAGAAAAAAGCCUUUGUUCCACCUCCACGGUUCAUGAACAUUGAUGAAGCUAGGGAAUUGCACAUACGUGUAGAGCGACGGCGUGAUCCCAUGACGGGUGAUUACUUUGAAAAUAUUGGUGGGAUGCUUUUCAAAGAUGGUUUCCUGUACAAAACAGUAUCAUUGAAGUCCAUUACUGUACAGAAUGUUACACCAACUUUUGACGAACUUGAAAAAUUUAAUAAACCAAGUGAAAAUGGAGAGGGCGACUUUGGUGGUCUGUCAACUUUAUUCGCAAACAGAAAGAAAGGUCAUUUCAUGAAGGGUGAUGCGGUUAUUGUUAUCAAGGGGGAUUUAAAAAACUUGAAGGGUUGGGUUGAGAAAGUAGAUGAAGAAAAUGUCCUUAUCAGAUCAGAACUGAAAGGUCUUCCUGAUCCUCUUGCUGUAAAUGAGAAAGAGCUCUGCAAGUACUUUGAACCUGGAAAUCAUGUGAAGGUGGUUUCUGGGACCCAUGAAGGAGCAACGGGCAUGGUUGUCAAAGUUGAUCAACAUGUCCUGAUCAUUUUAUCUGACACUACCAAAGAACACGUCCGUGUGUUUGCUGAUCAUGUUGUUGAGAGCUCAGAAGUGACAACUGGUGUUACCAAAAUUGGGGACUAUGAACUUCAUGAUCUUGUGCUUCUGGAUAACCUGAGUUUUGGAGUAAUUAUACGACUAGAGAAUGAAGCUUUUCAGGUUCUUAAAGGGGUUCCUGACAGACCUGAGGUUGCUCUUGUCAAACUCAGAGAAAUCAAAUGCAAAAUUGAGAAGAAAUUUAAUGUUCAAGAUCGCUACAAAAAUGUCAUUGCUGUGAAAGAUGAUGUCAGAGUCAUUGAGGGUCCUAGCAAAGGUAAACAAGGUCCUGUAAAGCAUAUUUACAAAGGAGUCCUAUUUAUAUAUGAUCGGCAUCAUCUUGAGCAUGCCGGGUUUAUCUGCGCUAAAUGCACAUCCUGCAUUGUUGUUGGUGGAUCACGUUCUGGUGCUAAUAGAAAUGGUGGUGAUUCUUUUCCAAGGUAUGGCAAUUUCAANAAAGUGAAACAUGUAGAGUUGUGCAUAUUCUUAUUUGUAUCUUUAAAUGCAGCUGGAGGGAGGCAUAGGGGUGGAAGAGGAGGGGGAGACAAUUCUUUGUUGGGUACUACUGUUAAAAUCCGUCUAGGACCUUUCAAGGGGUAUAGGGGACCUGUAGUAGAAGUGAAAGGAAAUUCAGUGCGUGUCGAACUUGAGAUGAAGAUUGUAACAGUUGAUCGGAAUGCAAUAUCAGAUAAUGUUGCGACAACACCGUUUAGAGAUACAUCUCGGUAUAGUAUGGGAAGCGAAACACCUAUGCAUCCUUCUCGGACUCCACUUCAUCCUUAUAUGACUCCAAUGCGGGACUCUGGAGCUACACCCAUCCAUGAUGGAAUGAGGACACCCAUGCGUGAUAGAGCUUGGAAUCCUUACACGCCUAUGAGUCCAUCUAGGGAUAGCUGGGAAGACGGAAAUCCGGGAUCUUGGGGAACAAGUCCUCAAUAUCAGCCGGGAAGUCCUCCUUCACGGGCAUAUGAAGCUCCAACUCCUGGCUCAGGAUGGGCUAGUACUCCUGGUGGUAGUUACUCGGAUGCAGGGACACCUAGGGACCAUGGUUCAGCUUAUGCUAAUGCCCCAAGCCCUUACCUACCAUCGACACCUGGACAACCGAUGACACCAAGCUCGGCUUCAUACUUACCUGGAACUCCUGGAGGACAACCAAUGACUCCAGGAACCGGCCUGGAUGUCAUGUCUCCUGUUAUAGGUGGGGAUGCAGAAGCAUGGUUCAUGCCCGAUAUUUUGGUUGACAUACACAAGGCUGGAGAGGACAGCGAUGUGGGCGUCAUCCGAGAUGUUUCGGAUGGAACGUGUAAAGUAUCUCUCGGGUCCAGUGGUGAAGGUGACACUAUAAUGGCCCUCCCAAGCGAACUGGAGAUAGUUCCCCCGAGGAAGAGUGACCGUGUCAAAAUAGUUGGUGGGCAAUUUCGUGGUUCUACUGGUAAACUUAUCGGAAUCGACGGUUCAGACGGUAUCGUUAAGAUAGAUGAUAAUCUUGACGUCAAGAUUCUGGACCUGGCCAUAUUAGCCAAAUUUGUGCAACCGUGAUAGUGUUCUAAUGAACGUUGAAUUUUAUCUUGUCAUCAGACCGUAUAUUGUAAUAUUAGAUUAUCUCUAUAGUUAGAAAGAAACAUUUCCAGUUCUCAUCGGAAAAACCUUUGAAUCUGAUUUCCAAUUUUGUGAUUUU